UAUUGAAACUUGGAGGAAACCGGCAGGAGGUCCACCCCACUUCUCCUGCUCCAAGCUACUACAUGAUCCUCCCCCUAAAACCCUGCAAAUCCUUCUUCCUUGUUCCACGCGCGCAUUCAUCCGGCUAGGGUUUCAGAUCGGAACGAGAACGAGGAGGAAGAGAAAUGGCGGCGUUUAUGAAGCAGUUUCGCGAAUCGAAGAGCGUGGUCAAGCGCUCGAAGAAGUACUUGGAGGGGGCGCUGUACAGGCAUCUCUUUCAAGAUGGCGGCUCGGAGCUCAGCGUCAGGCAGCAGCUGAAUCAGUUCCUCAAGAGCAAGAAGAGAGUUUACAAAUGGGAGGUCGGGCGCAGCCUCAGGCUGCUUCGCCACCGCAAUCGCUUCUACCCCGCCCUCAGGCUUUCAGAAGAAAUGGAAAAAAGAGGGAUGAACAAAACAGUCAGUGAUCAAGCUAUACAUCUAGAUCUUGUUGCUAAAACUCAAGGUGUAGCUGCCGCAGAAACUUACUUCAUCAAUCUUCCCGAAACAUCAAAGAAUCAUCUUACUUAUGGUGCUCUUUUGAACUGUUACUGCAAGGAAUUACUGACUGAAAAAGCAGAGGCUUUACUGGAAAAGAUGAAAGAACUGAAGUUAGGGUUAACCUCCAUGCCUUAUAACAGCCUGAUGACCCUCUACACAAAAACUGGCCACCCAGAAAAGAUACCAUCCAUCAUCCAAGAAAUGAAAGCCUGUGAUAUAAUGCCAGAUUCAUACACGUAUAAUGUCUGGAUGAGGGCUCUUGCCGCUGUCAAUGAUAUUUCCGGUGUUGAGAGGGUCAUUGAUGAGAUGAAGAGGGAUGGCCGAGUCUCUGGAGAUUGGACAACUUAUAGCAAUCUAGCUUCAAUUUAUGUUGACAUGGGCAUGAUUGAGAAGGCAGAGAAGGCUCUCAAAGAAUUGGAGAUGAGAAAUGCCCAUCGGUAUCUAUCUGCUUUCCAGUUCCUGAUCACAUUGUAUGGGCGAACUGGGAAACUGCUUGAAGUUUACCGUGUAUGGCGUUCUUUAAGAUUGGCUUUUCCUAAAACUGCAAACAUAAGCUAUCUGAACAUGAUUCAGGUUUUGGUUAAGUUAAAUGAUUUACCAGGUGCUGAGAAGUGUUUUAGGGAAUGGGAAUCAGGGUGCUCAACUUAUGAUAUUAGGGUUGCUAACGCACUUAUAGGAGCUUAUGCUAAAGAAGGUUCACUGGAGAAGGCUAAAGAGCUCAAGGAGAGGGCUCGUAGGAGGGGGGCCAAACCUAAUGCUAAAACCUGGGAGAUCUUUCUGGAUUAUUAUUUGAGAAACAAGGAGAUCAAAUCAGCAGUUGAUUGUGUUGAGAAAGCAAUUUCUGUUGGUAGAGGGGAUGGUGGGAAGUGGAUUCCAUCCCCUGAGAUUAUUAGGAAGUUGAUGGAACAUUUCGAACAAAACAAAGAUGUGGAGGGUGCAGAAGGUUUUCUGGAAAUUGUGGAAAAAGCCAAGGACGGCCUUGGGGUGGAGGUCCUUGAAUCAUUGAUAAGGACCUAUGCAGCAGCUGGUAGGACAAGCCCUGUAAUCCGUAGACGUCUAAAGAUGGAGAAUGUGGAAUUGAGUGAGGACUGUAAGAAGUUACUUGAUGUGGUUUGUACGGAGUGAUUGUUGUUCAUUUCUCAUUAUUCUCAGAUAAUCUUGAAAUCUGAAGAGAUAAAUCAAAUGGUUUUGACGUAUCAUUCUGUUACUUCCAAAUAAUUGAACUAUUUGCCUUAUCUUUGUGAAUUUAUGAAAUUCACUGAUCCAUGACAGCUCUUCUGGACAAAGUGGUUUGGAUGAUGCUACUUUCUUUUCUCAUGUAUCUCCUAUACUGAUUAUGUGAUGUGUGGUGAUUUGACUACUUAGGCAGCAAUGAGUCAACAAUCUGUGCAAAACAGGGACAUGAUGUUCCUUCAACUGAAUGUCCAGAUUUCCUUUAGCUUUUUGCUCAUGAAAUGAAAGUGUAGAUUUAUCCUUAUUUAUCAUUGAUUAGAUCUACGGUUUGCUGCUUCCUUACAAGAGCAGCAUAUGCAGGAGAUGGUAAUGUACUGGUUAGCUCUUAUGUUUUACUUUUUUUCUUUUUACUAUCAAUGAGAACUUGCAGCCACUCUCCUUCACAUUUCAUAUGUUCGCCGUUUACUAAUGAAAAGUGAAAUUUUGGUAGGUUCUGGACUCUGGGGGCCUGUAUUAGAGACGACAUUCGGCUUCUUAAUUAGAAUAUCCGGCAGCAACUGCAAUGACAAGUAUAGAUAGGCAAAGGAGAGACUACCAGAAUGGCUUUUCGUCAGCACAUGAUCCGAGAACUCUUAAUUAUUGUUUGUUCAUUCUACUUGGAAGGUUAUUUAUGUCAAAGCCUUGAUAAAUUUAAGCUUGUUUUGCAUCAUUUGAAGACAUUAUGCGAGUAGCUUAGACAUAAAGUGUAGAGGGCAUAAUGCCAGCAAGCUUGAGGAGCCCCUUAGACUACCCAUUGAAUCAUGACAGUUUCCAUGGCAAACAGCAUGCUGUGCUGAUUAUUAAAUUGAGCUGACUUUGCGUUUA